AAAAUCUCAAUCAAAUUCCUUUCAAAAUUAUAUUUUGCAACAUAAAUAGCUUUCUCUCUUCUUCCACUACACUUGCGCUGUUGAAUGUGCCGAGUACUCCAGAAUGAGCUCUCUCCACGUUGAAAGAUAAAAAAGUCCAGGGGGCCUGGAAUAUUCAGUCAGCACGCUGUCUCUCGGGAAGACGUAUCAGUUCGCGCGGAGCUCAUCUGGGGCUUCAGUUGUACAAAGGCACUCAUAUGAUGUGGACGCAUUAAAUAAAUUCCUGUUUUCGCGUAGUGAUACACGUGUUCACACAGAAAAAUCCCCCGAAUUCAGAGGCAGGACUGAUAUUUAAUUUGGUUUUUCCGUCAUUUUAUUGCAAGAAAAAAAUCGUGUGAUCGUUUGGUUGUAAAUUGUGUGAAUAAACACCAGUGUGGAUGCAGAAAAAAUAAAUAAGUGUGGCAAAAAAAAAUAAUACUGGAUAGAAGGUCGAAGCACUUGCAUUUGCCAGUUCUCUCCAUGAAGGAUAUAAUCUGCCAACAUCAGUUAUAUUAUUUUCUUCACACCAUCAAGAAAUAAAUAAAACGAUCUUGCAGAACAUUUGAGAUAAUGCCUAAAUGUGUUUAUCAUCAACUCGCACACACCUGAAGUAAUUUUAAAAGGCUAAAUAAUUCCUUAAAGGCUCCAAUGAUAUUGCUAAAUUGCAGAAAUAUUAAAUAAUGAAUCAUACAGCCUAUAGAAUACGACAAUUAAAUAAAUAAGGAGACACAAAAUUGUCAAGAAAACUAAAUCAAGAGAAAAUUCAUCUUAUUUAGUUUCCUUUGGUACCUGAAGAAGAAGGAAAAGGAUAGAGAAAUUUCAUCUAAAUAGAAUUUUACUUGAAAAUCAUUCGAAUUCUUCACCAUGGAUUUGAAGCACUCAAAUACAAUGGAAUCUACCACAUCAGUGGAGACUUUUGUGCCAAAUAGCAAAUCAACAGAUCUCAUUAAACCACCGUCAGCAUCAGAUGAUCACUUGGAAAGUCAAAAACCAGUGUCCAGUGAAUUUCGUGUUUAUAAAAGAAGAUGGAUUGUUCUUGCGAUAUUUUGCCUCUAUUCAGCAUCAAAUGCUCUUCAGUGGAUACAGUAUAGUAUCAUUGCAAAUAUUAUACAACGAUACUAUGGAAUCACGAGUACUUGGGUGGAUUGGACUUCAAUGAUCUACAUGGUUCUCUAUAUUCCGCUCAUUUUUCCUGCUAGUUGGUUCCUAGACAAGAUGGGUUUGCGUAUUGCAGCCAUAUGUGGAGUCUUAGGUACGUGUCUAGGUGCCUGGAUUAAGGUUUUUUCAGUUCAUCCUGAUCUCUUCUAUGUAUCUUUUAUUGGGCAAAGUAUUGUUGCAACAUCACAGGUAUUCAUCUUAUCAUUACCCGCGCGUUUGGCUGCCGUCUGGUUUGGACCCGAUCAAGUUUCAUCCGCCUGUAGUAUUGGAGUAUUUGGCAAUCAAUUGGGCAUAGCAAUUGGUUUUGUUAUGCCGCCGAUUUUGGUGAGGAAUCACGAUGACCUGGAUCUAGUUGGGCGAGACAUCCAAUUUAUGUUCUAUCUUGUGGCUGGCUUUACUUCUCUCUUGGUGAUUUUAGUCUUAGUUUUUAUCCGUGCGAAACCACCUACACCACCAUCUGCGGCACAAGAAGCCUCCAUGUCGCGCAAUCCAAUGCAAUCUUCACCGUUCCUGCACUCCAUAAAGCGUCUCAUGACAAACAAGAACUACAUUCUCUUGCUUAUAUCCUAUGGCGUCAAUGUGGGUGUUUUUUAUGCAAUUUCCACGCUACUCAAUCAGAUUGUGUUGCUCCACUAUCCGGGGCAUGAGUUGGAUGCUGGCCAAAUCGGGUUAUGCAUAAUUCUAUUGGGUAUGGCUGGCUCUGUGGUGUCGGGCAUAGUUUUGGACAAGACUCACAAAUUUAAAGAAACUACCCUGGCUGUCUAUGCGUUGUCUAUGGUAUGCAUGUGGAUCUAUACAUUCACUCUCAAUUCCGGAUACAUUUGGGUGGUUUACUUAACAUCCUCCCUCUUGGGCUUCUUCAUGACGGGCUACCUACCUGUGGGCUUUGAAUUUGCAGCUGAGCUGACAUUCCCCGAGCCUGAAGGUACAUCAGCUGGUAUUUUGAAUGCUGCUGCCCAAGUGUUUGGUAUUAUUUUUACAAUGGGCUAUGCUGAAAUUCUCAAUAGUUUCGGGGAUAUUGCUGCAAAUGUUACAAUGGCGACAAUGCUUGUUGUUGGUACGGUGGUCACAGCCGUCAUUAGUUCAGACCUAAGGCGCCAGAAAGCACAGAACCCAAAUGCCUAAAUCAUGAAUUGUUGAAAGUGUUCAUUUUAUUUAUUGUACAAAGAAAAUUCUUUCGUCCUUUUCAAAGGCGUUAAAUCGUUUAUUUUUUUAAGCCUGAUAUCCUUAUGUUUUAUCGGUUUUAUCUCUUUUGUAUUAAUAAAAAAAUAUUUAAAAAUGAACAAACAUUUAAAAAUAAUUUUACAUUAUAUUUAGAAAUUUAAAUGCAAAAAUGUCUUUUUCUUCAAUUACGCAAGCAUAUCGACAAAGAAAGUAUCAUCAUCCAUUGUAGUAAAGCAAAAUAAUGCAUAAGUUAAUUACUCGAAAAGAACAAACAUCCCCGGAAAUACAUAAUAUAGUAAUUGUUUGGAUUAUGAGAAAUUCUCAUUAUUUUGAUAAAUGAAAUUUUUAUGCUUAUACCGAAUAAAAUUCAUUUUGAAAAAAAAAGAUUAAAUGUGAGUAUUGAGCUAGUUAGCACAUUGAAGAAAGAUUUGAAAUUAAUUUCAUUUCGAUAUAUCCACCGACUAGCUAAUAUUUAUUUCGUAUACAUACCUAAAUACAUAACAUACUAAUAAAUCCAUAAAACCUACAGACAGCGCUUGAGAUCCUGACAUUUGUGAAACAGCUGUUUUAGUCAGUCAAAAACUGUACCUUCAGACCUUCAGACUAAGAUUUUAGAUUCAAUUUAAUAACUUACCAACAAAAAGCAAAAAGUUCUAUCAAAAAUUAAUAUCUCUAUCACUAAUAAAUAAAUUUAACUGUUAAAAUAGGUCUUUAGCCAACUAAACCUUCUAAUUAAGUAAUUAUUCUAAUACCAGAGCCCUCAACCGUCAAAAUUUCAAGCGGCUUGACCCAGUCUUUGAAGAAAGUGAUUCGUGCUAAAACACAAUUGAGAAAAUAUUUCUUAAAAAAAGAGUUUUCUUUACAAGCAAGUUUAUGCUAGAAAUUAUUUUUUUAUAUAUACAAAUCUUAAAGAUUUUUUUUUUUCAAUUUCUUGCAAAAUUUUCUGUUCAAUUAAUUAUUCAAGACGUCGCACCGAGGCUUAUAAUCAAAUCAAGCCGUAGCCGUUGUUACUAUGUACAACUGGGGGCUCUGUAGUAUAUACAGUGAAUAUUAGAUACAAUGAACAAUGUUUUCUCUAAUUAAGCAAAUUGUUGUUUAUUUUAUGUACCUAUAAAAGAGUUAAUUCUAUACGUAAGGAAAGGCGUAAAGAGAGAGAACUUUAAGACACAAUUUGUUUAAUGAAAUUUAAAAAAUGUUUAAAGAAAAUUGUGUUCGUUGUAUUUAGUAUUCUAAACUGUAUAUAGAAUGGGGUAGAAAUUAAUGCAAAAAAAAAACGUCAAAAAUGCAUUUCAUUGCUGGUAAUAGUCUUGCACAGGAUCUUGCAUUCAUUUUUGCCUCAUCUUUAUCGUACCACCCCGGAAUUCCUCUAUCUCUAGCCUGUUUAUGAACAAAAAAAAUAAUAAUAGUAAAAAUGUUGGUAUAUUAUGUUUUAUUAAUCAAUAAAAUAUUGACAAAAAAAUUAAGGAAAUAAAUAAUUAUCCUUGUUGAAAUUUUACCUGAAAACUUUCCCUUUUAAUCCAAUAAACUACAGUGCUUCGUAUGAUUCAAAGAAAAGCGUGUUAAGAAAAGUUCUACCUGCGCCCCAUUGAUGUGCUCUUUUAGAAUAGACAAAAGAGAUAGUUUUUAAGAGAGUAAAAGGUGGUAUUUUAACAAUUCAAAAGGGAUGUGAAAAAUAAAAGAAAUCAAGUUUGUGAUUUGUAUUUCAUAAAAUAUUUCUAUAUAAAAUAGUUUAAAAAAAAUUAUAUCCAUUGAUGAUUAAGAGAGAAAAAUAUCGGGUUGUGAAUAGGCACAAGAGGCUGAAUUAUCUUAAUAUACAUACAUAAUAUUUAUUAAGUUAAUCCUAUUUUAGCUUUAUAUCUCUUUUUAAAUAAACAUACAUGAUACCUAUUUAAAAUUAAUAAUGAACGAAUAUAACGUAUUAAUUUAGAGGGAACUUACAAUUUAAAUUAUUUUGUAAUUUUGUAAGUAAAAAUUUGCAUUAUACUUUUAAUAUUUUCCAAUAUAAGGAACUAAUAUACCUAAUUCGAGUACCUAUGAUAGCCUAUUAUACUAGACCCUCUUAAUUAGAAGAACAAUAUUUUUGACUCGGUUAUUCCUCUAUUUUUUGCAUUCUUUGCUCAAUGUUAUUGGAUUAAAUUUUUUAAACAGAAAAUUAGUAUUCUAAUCAAAAAAUUCUACUUUUGGUCUGUAGAAUGCUAAUUCUCCUGAUCUAUAGCAGAAUUUUUUGACUAUAAUCUUAAUUUUCUGAUCAAGAUAUUUAAUCCAAUGUUAAUACUUGUUAUAAAAUAAUAAAUAGAGAGUUUUCAUUAGUAUUGAAACUAUUCAAGAAUAAAAUUCGAAGAAAUAUUGAGAAAUUUUACGCAGAAUUCCUUGAAUAAUUUAACUUAAUCGGUAUAUCCCUAUUACAAUUUACAAAAGAAAAAAUAAAUGAGACAUAGAAAAUGAAAAAGAACCACAAAAAACACACCAAAAUCCGCCAAAAGUAUUUUUCAGUGACAAUAAUUAUUUUAGCUGUUUUAAUUUAAUGGCCAAAUGACAAAAGACCUUCUUGAAGCAUAAAAAUAUGUUUCUCGAAAAAAAAUAUUACAAUGGAAAAAAAGUGUAGUAUAAAUAGCAUUUCCUAGAGUGAGCAAGGAGCAAUAUAAUGUAGGAAAGAAGACAUUCAGCUUGUGUAUGUGAAAUGCUUUAUAGAACAUUAAAUGUUCUCCAAUUAAAAGGUUGUUAUAUAGAAAACAAAGUAAGAAAAUAAAACUUUGAAAACAAUGUUAAA